AUGAGUAACGAAGAAUGGAAACCAAACGAUUAGAAAAAUGGCUAUGGAAAGCUAAGCUCAUUUUCUGUCUCAUAGAAAUCUAAAUUUUAAUUGAUGAGUAAUAAUACUAAGCAAAGAGUAUACCCUUUAGAUAAUAAUUUGAUAGUAGAGGAGAAUUCUAUUUUAGAAAAAGAUACUCCAAUCAUACAUUUCAACAACGAAUCUUAAAAUAAACAAGACAUUUUUAGUCCAUAAAACUCAUACAACAGAUUUAUCUUUCAAUCUUCUAUCAAGGAUGUAUAUAAUAGACAUUAUUCCGUUGACGUUUCAAAAUUUUAAAGUCCUCUAUCUUAAUCAGAAAGCAAUUAAUAGAAAUCAGGAUAAAACAUUGAAGAUAAUUUGGAGGAGUAAUUUACAAAGAGAUCUUAGUUUAAUACGAACUAAAAUUUACAAAUUAGUUAGGGAGAAAACUAACUUUAGACUAAUGAGAAGGAAUCAGAUAAGAAAACUACAGAAAUUACUGAAAUGUAAAAUAAAAAGAACCCAACUCUAUUUGCUCUCAAUUACAAUAAAGAUGAACCUAGAAAAAGGUAUAGUGAAUUUAUACCAUCUUCAUAAAAAUUAGGAUUCUCAUAAAGUUCUAAAAUACUAAGACGUAAUGGUGUAGCUCCUAACUAAAACAACAAGUAAUUAUUAGGCAGAAUAACUUUUCUCAAUGUUUAAUCCGCUCAAAACUAAGCUUCAUCAGAAAACGAAUCCGUUAAUCAAGAAAAUUAACAGGUUUAGAACAGUAAUGGGAUUUCUUCCUAUUUUAAUAUUAAUAAAAAGCUAUCUUUAAGCUGGAGAUUUAUAAAUAUUCUUGUCCUUAUUCAGAAUUUAAUUAACAAACUUAAAAUUUCUAGCUAGACUUACAGACUUAGUAAACUAAAUUCUACACAUUAUUUUUAUAUUAAUGAUAUUACUCAUAUCGUCACAGAAAAAAGAAAUAUUUAUAAAAACUAAUUAACAAAUUUCAAAGAAUUUCUCACAGACCUAAAAAUAAUUAAGCUUGCUGGCAAGUUGUCUGUCCUUUAACCUGAAAAAAUGUUUGUAGUAAUAUGGAAAACUUUAAUGCUGAUAAUUAUACUAUCAUAAAUAUUGUAUCUUCCAAUAAAGAUUGCUUUCUUUAAUUUUCACCCAGAAUUGAAAUAUAUUUCUUAAAUUCUCCUUAAUUACUUACCUUUGGCUGCCUGUAUCUGUGAUAUAUUAAUUAAUUUUAAUUUGGCGUUUUUUUCAGCAGAGGGAGUUGUCAUUUAGGAUAGAGUAGGAAUUAUAACUAAUUAUCUUAGGUUUUCUUUUUGGUUAGAUCUUGUCACAACUAUUUCUUUAGGACUUCCUUAUUUCCAAUAUUUAGAUCUCUGCUUCUUUUUAAGAUUAUUUUAAUUUCUAGAAAUCGUUAAUUAUCUAGAUGAAAGAUUUUAGUUUUCCUAAAGAUUCAAUACUGCUUUUACUCUUAUAAAACUUAUAGCUACUAUAAUUAUUUUAGCCCAUAUUUUUGGGUGUGGAUUUUAUUACAUGAGUUUUUACGAUCCAAAUUACAACUGGGUAGUUAGUUGCAAUCUGAUCAAUAAACCAUGGGAGACACUAUACUUAAAAAGUGUAUAUUUCAUAAUUAUCACUAUGAUUACUGUAGGAUUCGGAGACAUAACACCAAAAAAUAACGCUGAAACAAUUUAUGUUUUAGGGAUUGCAUUAUUAUCGUGCUUCUAAUUUGGAUACACAGUAAAUAUAAUAGGGUCUUUAUUUUAAGAAAAAGCACAAAAAGAAGCUAUAAUAAAGGCAUAAAAAUAUUAAAUAUCAACAUAUAUGAGACAAAGAAUGAUAAACACAUCUUUGCAAACUUUAGUUCUCAAAAAUUUGGAUUACAUUUAAACGUAAUAAAUUGAUGCCCCUGAGCAAGGACUUUAUAUAUUAGACCAAGUAUCAGAAAAUCUAAAAAACUAAGUUAAAUUUGAAUUUUAUUGGAAAAUUCUCAAAAAUCAACCUUUUUUGAAUCACUACUUCAGCUAAAAUUUCCUAAAAUCACUUACUUCAGUUAUGACUGAGAAAACCUAUAUACCAGGUGAAUUUGUUUAUCAAAUAAAUGAGCAAUCUCAAUCGAAUUCUCUAUACAUACUUUUAAAAGGCUAAGUAGAUUUAACUUUGCAUUCUUUGUAUCAAAAAAAUUCUAAAAAAAAGUUUACCAUAUAAAGUAAAAAAUCCGGGGAACUAUUUGGGCAUCAUUCAUUUUUUACUUCUUCCCAACGUGAGACAGAUUGUGAAUGUCAUGUGACUUCUCACAUAGUUUCAUGCACUCAAGAUAAUUUUUUAGCUAUUGCUAAAGAAUAUCCAAAUGAUUAUGAAAAGUAUUGCUUUAUAAAAGAUUAGAUAUUACUAUACUAAAAUGACAAAAAUAUUAAAUGUGUUGCUUGCCACAAGUUUGGUCAUUCUAUAAUAGACUGUCCCUUUAUCCAUAAUAUGAAUCAUAAGGAAUUGGUUAUUCAAAAGUUCAAUUAUUCAGAAGAUCAAAAAAGAAACCUAGAUUUCACAAGAAAAUUAAAAAAGAAUAACACGUUCAGCUCUAUUCUAUAAACAAGAAAGGAUUUAAAGAAAUUAAGAAUAAAAUUAGUAAAAUCAAUAGAAUAGUAAAGAGAGAAAAAGCAAAGAAAGACUCAAUAGACUACUACUACUGGAGGUGUCAAAGAAAUAUUUUCCUCAAAGUUUAUUACAUAAAGCCCUAAUUAAAAUAAUUAAAAUUAAUCAAAUAGCGAAAAUUCAAGUGUUGAUUCUUCUGACUUAAGCGAUUAUAAGUAUGAAAUGCAACUUGAAGAAGAGAAGAAUCUUUUGAAAAAACAACAUUAAAACUUUCCUUAUAUGUCUUCUUAUUAUGAUAAAUAAUUUUAUUAGAGAUACUCAAAGAUUAGUUUAAAUGAUAAGUUAUGUUUUAUUUCAUCUUCAAAUUCUUCUGAGGAUUUAAGUGAAGAAAGUAAAAGUGAGUCUGAGUAGUCUGAAGGUACAAUAUUCAUGAAUAGCAUCAAUUACAAUUAAACAAUUAAUGAAUUUGAUGUUGGUUUUUCAGAAACUAAGAUCGAUGAGUUUUCUAAUUAAAAAAUUGGAAGUUAAAAGAAAUUAAAAAAAAUGAAAACGAUGAAAGGAGUAUCAAAACUAAACCAAAAGAUUGCUUAAAUUAUAAAAUAUAAUUAAGACAAUAUAUAAAUGAGUAUUGAUUAAAAAAAUUUAAGACAUAGAACGAAGCUCCAUAGACCUGAUUCUGCUCCUUAAAGAAAAAGUAUCAUCGAAAAUUAAGAAACUAUUACAAACAAAUUAUAAAAUUUUACACAUAAUAAAAAACGGCCAUCAAGUGUUAAGCUAAGGACAGAUACAAAUAUUAUUUAUAGUGAUGACAGCUAAGAAGAACUUAAUUCUAAUGAAAAAAAUUAAAAAUCUUAAAAUUUUACUUCGAAUUAAAUAAGAUCUAAUAAAAAUUCUAAAACUGUUAUAGGAAGCAAAAAUUCCAAAACAAAUUAUUAAGUAUCAAUAAAUUGCAUCAAUGAUAAAAAUUUUAGUUAAUAAACAUUAGAAGCUUAUGAAAAUGAUAAACCAAAGUAGCAAAAAGGUUAAAAAAGUGAUAAAAGGUUUUCUAAUGAACAUAAAUUGAGUAAAAGUUAAAUUGUAUCUGAAGAAUCGCUAGAUUCUUCUUAAAGUUCUAAAAUUAAUGCUAAAAUAGAUAAACAAACUUCAAGUUAGAUUUCUUCUAAAUCAUUUAUACAAGAUAAUAAUAGUAAGGAUAAUGAAGCUAUAAUUUAAUAAUAAUUAAAGAUUACUUAACAUGAUAAUUUAGAACAAAAGUUAUCUUCUAAUAUGCCAUUGAAAGAUAAAAUAAAUGAUGAGAUAGCAAAUGCCUUUUAAAAAACCUCUAACGCAAGUUUUGAUAAUUAAUUUGAUACUUUGAAUACUUAAGAAGGAAUUGGAAGUCCAAAAAACUUGCUUUAAAUUUAUAAAAAUUAAUAACAAAUUAAACCUGGAAGUAAUAAAUUUAUCACUUCUAUUAAAAUAAAUAGUUCUAAAUAAAAGAUAGAUAUAAUUAAAAAACAUCUUUUGGAUGAUAUCCAUGAGGACUUAGCAAUUAAUAGAGAAGAAAAAAUAAGCAAUGCCUAAAAAAUAUAACCAAAUGUGCUUAAGAAUGACACGAAGCAAUCAAGUUAAUCUCUUAAUUAAAUAGGAAUAGUUAAAUUUGAUAGUAAUAUGUUGAGCAUUAAAUAAGAUGACAGAUAAAAUUUAGUUUCUAAUGAAAAUUAGAAAUAAUAUAAUAAACUUAAUUUGAAUCCAUUGAAAAAAGAACAGAAUGAUAGUGAUGAUAAUUAGAAAUUUAAUAAAACAAGGUCAAAAACCAUUCACUUGUCGAAAAAAAAGAUUCAAAACAAUCCAAAAAGACAUAGUAAUAAUGGAUUAGUAUUAUAAAAUUAAUUGUAAGUGAAAGAUACAUCCAAAGUUAAUAACCCCAUGCUAAAAUCCACAAAUAUGAAUAAUUCUACAAUAAAGUUGAAAGAAGAAGAAAAUACAAACUCAACAUAAGAAUAAAACUAAAAUUAAAAAGAUAAAAACAUAAAAGUAAAUACAAAUCAUGAAAUAUAAAACAAUCAUAAUCUUGAGGACAAAAACUAAUUAGAUUUCUUUUAAACUUUUGAUAAAAUGAAAAUUUUUAAAAUAUAUUUUCCAAAAAAUAACAUCAAUAUAGUAUUAGAAAGCUACACUAAAUAUUCGGUUAAAAAAUUUUUAGCAUCAAGGUUAUUAUCUAAUAAGAAUUAAUCUAGCAUUGUCCCAGUUAUUGGUUAGUAAAACUCUGCUGUAAACUUUGUAAAUAUACUUAAAAAGAGGCUUCUAAAUAAGCAAAGACACUCAAUAAUCCCUCCAAAGUAAAACUGA